GGACCGCGUGAUGGUAGGAAGGACGAUAUUGAUAACUGAUGUUAGACCGGCAGGACUGUAUGGUGUAACGGCCCGCUCGUUCGUUAACAUAACACUGGACGAAGAUCUGGAAGGUGGUCGGUCCUACCUCGAGGUGAAAUACAACGGGAAUGAUUUACUUGCCCGCAACUGGGAAUUAUGCAACCUCGACGAGGAUUAUGGGGAUGAAUGGCAGAUAUACUGCCCGUUUUCAUCAGGGGAAUAUUCGUUUGUGAAAGAAUGUCAAAUCCCCACAUAUCUUCCAAGGGGCCGAUACGAGACAACGGUUUGGAUAACGGACCAAAAUGACAAGGUGGUCAUCUGUGGAUUUUCUAACUUUACACUUUGAAAAUAUUGCCUCCAACGAGAACCCUUAUAAAUGAAUAUGAAGCCACUUCGAACA